AUGAAGCAUCUACUGACCGCACUCGUGGCCCUGCUGAGCAUCCUGCCGCGCGGCGAGGUCCUGGGAGGAGGAACGGCCUGUCCGCGUCGCUAUCUGCGCAGGAUCAACGGCAAGUGCUACUACUUCUCGGUGAAAAAGAUGAACUGGUUUGGCGCCCUGAACAACUGCCUGCGCAAGGGACUCACCCUGGCGGAUUUAAGCAACCAAAGGGACUUCGACGGAGCCGUGGGGUUCCUGAGCGGAUUGGGUAACACGGAGGACUUCUGGUUCGGAGGCAACGACCUCUACCACGAGGGUCGCUUCCAGUACAUCAGCAAUGGACGGCUGGUGCGCUACUACAGCAACUUCAGCAACGUGCUGCCCAUGGAGCACUCCGAGUGCGACGACUGCCUCGAGGUGCGCAUCCGCUCCCAGAUCACCAUGGUGUCGGCGGACAACUGCCAGGAGCGGCAGUACUUCAUCUGCUCGGAGCGCUACUGCCAGGAUGCGGACGGGGGCAAGAAGCCGAAGCACCACAGCCACGAGCAUCUGCAUCACUUCCACCACGACAUCGGCGAGAGUGCCGACGGCGAGGUGGAGGAGGAGAACCACGAGCGCCAGUCGCCCAUCGAGAGUGGCUCCACCGAGAGGGACGAACCGGACUCGGAGGCUGCCGCUGGAGCGGUGGAUGUGCCGGAUGUGCUUGAGGCCGAAUCGGAAACACCUGGUCCGGAAGGAGCAACGACCGUGGGAGCAGCAGGUGGAUCGGGAGCAACUGCCGCCGCCGGUGGGUCAGAAACCACCGCCGCAGGAGUCACUGCUGCAGGAGCAGGAGGCCAAGGAGCAACCACUGCAGCAGCAGGAGCAGCUGUCGUCGAAGGAGCCACUCCCGCCGCAGGAGGAGAAACCACCGCAGCUGCAGCCGCCGCCGAAACUCCCGCACCUCCUGCUGCCUGA